GUUCCAUCAACAGUCACCCUUCGUUCGCCACUUCAGCAGCAAGCAAAGAUAGCAAGAGUAUCAACCGCAAUGGCAUUCCACAUUGGUCACCUUCUCAUCGCCGCCUUCUUGGCCCUGUCCGUCGUGUCCUCCGAGACCAUUCAGCUGCAGCCCACGCAGGGCAUUCUCAUCCCGGCGCCGCUGGCCGAGAACAUCCGCGUGUCGCGUGCUGCCUACGGCGGAUAUGGAGCUGCUCCCGCCGCCGCCUCGUACGCCGCUCCCGCUGCUUAUUCCGCACCCGCUCCCGCUGCCCCUGCCCCUGCCUACUCGGCUUCCGCUCCAGCUGCCGCUCCUGCCUACGCCGCCCCCGCUCCGGCCGCCCCCGCCUACUCAGCCCCGGCCUCCAUCCCGUCGCCGCCAUGCCCCAAGAACUACCUGUUCAGCUGCCAGCCCUCUCUCCAGCCCGUGCCCUGCUCCGCCCCAGCUCCGUCCUACGGAUCCGCCGGCGCCUACUCGCAGUAUGUGCCCCAGUACGCCGUACCCUUCGUCCGGGAACUGUAAGGCAACGAACCGAACAAACUGGAAAAUCGAAUCUAUGAAUAAAGUAAAGCUUAUAUAAACCAA